ACGGUGUGAAGAGUAUGAAAUGUACGCCUUAAGCAGCGUUGUCAAUUUCUUCCACAUAAUCUGAUAGUGUAGGUGAUCGCAUAUAAUAGCUUAUGUCUGUCCUAACAACAGUUCUAUCCCACCCUUAUUUCAAGCGUGUGGGUUAUGUGUACUUAUAUCUGUUUUUCUAUCCUUGUCUCUUCCAUUUUCUCUCUGCCUCUCGUUUUUAUAAAACUUUCUCUCUUUCAUACAAAUGAUAAAUAGAAUUAUAAGAUAAUGGGGGAAAAGUCAGUUAUUUCAUAUCUGUCGAUUGUAGGUCAUACGGCGCCAAACUUAAUACCUUGGCGACAAUCAAUCGGCGCCAUUAGUCAACAUCCAAAGCAGUAGUAACCUUAUGAAUGCAUCCUUAUGCUAUGGAAACAGGAAGGACAAAACUAUACAAUUUGACGCCGUCAACAGUUAUAUUUCUCAAAACGUCUAACUUUAGUCGUCUAUCAUUAAAAGAUUUCUUUUCAAUACCAAAAAUUAUUUCUGCAUACAAAUUCAGUGAAUUUUUCAAUAAUGUAUGCGGAAAAUUUUUACAACUAAAGUAUUCAGUUGAGAAAACUGGAUCGUAUCAUCUCACAUCAUCUAUCAGAAAAAGACAACUUUUAAACAGGAUAUGCAAAUUUAUUUGCGUCAAUUUGAAUAAGACAACUUUGCUAAUUAUUUGUAAUAAUGCAUUUGAUAAACUAAAAAUUUGCUUUUUUUAUUUACAAUUUGUUACCCAACUGUUAUUUAUCACAUAUUGUAUUUCACAUCACACCAAUAAACUUAAGCAUUUAAUUUACACUAAAGUUGAUGAUGAUAAUGAUGUUAAAGUUGGUUGCAGACAUUUCACUAGACAAUCAGUACUUCAUUCGAAUGAAACAAAAUCUGUAAAACCCUCAUCAACAACAUGCUGUACAACUGACACAUUAACACAAAAAUGCUAUGACAAGGCUCCUAAUAAGUUGUGGAGAGCGAAUUUUUGUAUUUAUUUCACGUGGGUUAUCAUCAUUGUUUUUCUGAGUAUUUUCAAUACCAGAACAAUAGAGGCCAUUGAACAAGGUCAAGAAUCCGCCAGUUUACCGAAUCAAUAUAAUUUAAUUAAUUUACUACAGUCUUUAUCAUCAAUUGGAAAACAGCUGAAUUCUGAAAUUUUAACAGAAUCUGAGCUAAGAACAUGGAAUUAUUUACUGGAAAAAAUAUUAAAAACACAAAUAAAUUUAUUAAAAGAUAACCAACGUUUGGAUUAUACACCCAGUAUGACAACUGCUAGCGGAGUAAAUAGUAUCAGCAGGGAAUUUUCAAAAUAUGAUAAGAAUAUUCGAAAACCUUCAAAAGCGGAGUUGACUGCUAAAACACCAAGUUACAUGUUCAAGUUACAUGAACGUCAUAUGAAUGAUUGGCAUAGUUUUCGACGUUUUGAGGAUAAUCACUUACUUCAUCCAGAUUAUGAAAAGUAUUUGAGUGAAAACCAGUUUUCAGCAGAUAAUAUUAAUCAAAAUGAAAAAGAAAAGAAGCAAACAGAACAUCACCAUCGUCAUCACCUCGGCAUGAUCACAGCAAUAAGACAUCACAAGUAUAUUGAAUCUCAUGAGCAUGAAAACAGCGAAGAAGAUAUUGUACCUCUUCAUCGUAGCAAACGUAAUGUGGAGUCAUUUGGCAUGGAUUUAUCUUCAGAUCACAUCGUUAAAAAGCAUAAAUUAGUAUUUCGCCUUGCUGAUAUGCCUUCAAAUGAACAUUUAAUAGCAGCCAGCAUACGUAUAAGAUAUGAAGCAAAACUGUACUCAAUAAAUUACACGAUUCCCACAGCAUCCAAUUUCGAAUGUUCAAACGUUACUGAUAACAGCAAAAUCAGUAGCGCUUCUUUCUACUGGCCACUUUCUAUAUGGUUACAUUCUGACCUAAAUAAUGCAAGUGACAUAGAUGUUCAAACAGCAGCUAUUUUUGAACCAGAUGAUUUACAAUGUAGAACACAGUCUACAAAGAAUUCAUCAUUGAUAAAUUUACCCAAUGGAUGGUUUCAUAUACCACUGAAUCAACCUGUCUUGCAUCUGAUAGAACGAACCAAUCAACAAAUCCAUGGAAGCAAACAGAUUGUAAUACAAAUUCAUUCAGUCGCAAGAAAAAGUUCGUCUUCAUACACAAGUUUAUAUAACAAUGAUAGUUAUGUGAAUACAGAACAACAUGAUUACCUUAAAGUGAAUAACAAAAGUCAAAGUAACCGGAAUCUUAUCAGUUCUACCAAUUGGUUACAUAGUGCACCACAUUUAUUCACUUAUCAUCGUGAUCCCAAGUUAGCUGAAUAUUUGAAGCGCAAACAAAGGUCAGUUAACUAUCCAAACAGUCAAUAUACAUUUCAUACUGAUGGAGUUAGCAAUAUGAAUGCGAAAACUGCAACAAAAAAUAUAAAAGAUAAAAAAAUAGCAAGACGCUAUAAACGGCUGAAACGGUUACUCAGUGAAAGUUUGAAACAGCAGAGGCACAUUGAAGAACAACGGAAAAGUGUACAACAGGAUGCACAAACAUUCACCAAACUAAGAUCACGUCGACGAGCACAUUACCAACGUCGUCAUAAUCGUUCUAGUAAAGAUCGUUAUUAUUAUGCUGAUAUGGAUUCAGUGAAUGGAAUGAUCGAUGCUCAGGGUAUAAAUGAAGAUGCUUCUCCGAAUCGACAAAUAACCCCAAACCCAUAUGACGACAAUCGAGAAAAUAAUGGUCCACAGCAAUAUCAGUAUGAUAUCACAAGGUCAUAUCAUUCUAAUAUACUGCAAACAAGCAAUCAUCAUUAUCUUGAUACAACCUGUCAAAGGCGUGAAUUAAUUAUAAAUUUUGAUGCUGUCGGAUGGGCUGGGUGGGUAAUUGCCCCCAGGCCUAUAAUGCGCGUUACUGUUUAGGUCAGUGUCCCUUUCCAUUAUCAACACAUUAUAAUACAACAAACCAUGCUGUACUCUUACAACUAGUUCAUCUUCUUGAUGUGGCAAGAAUACCCGGUCCAUGUUGUGUACCGAACCAACUUUCCUCACAGUCACUAUUAUAUCAUAGUCAAAAUGGUGAUGUUGUACUAAGAGUGUAUGAAGAUAUGGUUGUAGAAAGUUGUGCUUGUCGUUAAUUCAGAAAGGGAUAUAACAACAGAGAGCUACAUUGAAAGUUUUCACCUUAGACAUAUACACAUGAGUAAACAUAUGUGUCUGAUCAUAGCACCAAUGGCAAAUACAGUUGGUAUUAUCAUUAUUAACUAAUCUUCUUUUCAUGAUCAAUAUUGUUAUGACUUUUAUUUUGAAUAUAAACUACAUAUACAUAAAUCAACGUAUAUAAAAUUGAAAACCUUCAUCGAACUUCCACAUAUAUGAAUCUUUUUUUUUACUCAUGUAAGUGUCUUUCUACAUUUAUUCUCAAAAUAAGUGGGAAACUUUUCAACUUUUUAGUUUUUUCCAUAUUGUCUUUAAAAAAAUAUUCUAUUCAUUCAAAAUAUAUUUCAUCAUCUCAGUAUAAAACACUGUGAAUUCAUAAUUGUAAAACAACUAUGUUUUUCAUUUAAUUGUUCAUUUAUGUUGGGAUUGAAGAACAGCGCGCUCUUUUGUUGAGUGAAUUUUACUGCACAAACAAUCGAAGAGGAGAAAUAAUGCACCUGAUAAGUUACAUAAUUUUUUUUGUAUAACAGUAAUAAUUCAGUAUAUAAUUCCUAUCAUUUCUCUGGAUAUGAAAACCACACUCCGUUCAAAUGAAUAUAUAUAUAUAUAUAUAUAUAUAUAUAUA